UGUCGGUCAGUGCUUAUCCAUAACUUCGCCAACAUGGACAUUUGCACAGUCAGACUGCUGAUACCUCUUUUAUCCCUACACACUCUGCAAGUGUUUGGUGGGGAUUUGGUUCUGAUGCCCAUUGAACUGUCUCCUAUCCCCUGUAAUGACAAGGCUGUGGAGAAGCUGUCUCGUCUGGCCGUCACUUACAUCAACGAGGAUCGAGCCGAGGGCUACAAGUUUGCCCUCAACCGCAUCACUAAUGUCCACCUGCAUGCUCAGGGGCCUGCAGGCAACGUGUACUACCUGGACCUGGAUGUCCUGGAAACCAAGUGUCACACACUCAGCCCCAAACCCUGGAAGCGCUGUGAUGUCAGACCAUUCAUGGAAACACAAAUUUCUGGAAACUGCAACACCACCAUCCUGCACACGCCAGAGGGAUUCUCCUACCUGUACAGCUACGACUGCGGUCUGGUGCCAGAUCGACCAGAGAAGCUCCAGCAGACCUGUCCCACCUGCCCUCUCCUGCUCAACGCCGACAACCCAGAGGCCAUGAUUGCAGCUCAGAUCACUCUAGCAUCCUUUAAAAUGCAGUCUACUCUGGCAGCUGGCUUUGGAGUGAAAAAGAUCACCAGGGCUGCAGCACAGGAGGUGCCAGUAAAAGCCUUCUUUGUGGAGUACACAGUCCAAGAGUGUCCAGAGGGAAUUACGGAGAGAGGGACCUGCCAGCGGCUGACGCUCGAGUCCGACACACAGACUGCAGGUUUCUGUACAGGAUCUGUGCACGGGGACAUGAACCACCAUCCUGAUGUUCAGGUGUCCUGCGAGAUGUUUAAAGUACAGAAUGUGGAUGUCAUCCAACCGUUGAAGCCGCAGGUUCACGACCUCCCUCAGCCCCCUGAGAUGACAACCCUGUCACCCCCGUCACCCCCGUCUGAACGCCCAGAUAAAGAGCUUCAUCCCGUUCCUUCUGACCUGCCAUUGCCCGUCGCUACUCAGCCUGCACCGUAUGACCAAACAAUUGCACCAUCUUUACCCUCAGACCCCCCAGUUGUGGUUUACCCUCCCAUGACUUUCGCCUCUUCUUCCAGUGAGUCAGAUGAAGAUCUAGUAAGAAGGAAAAACCACCGAGGUAUCACAAGGCCUUUCGAUUCCUCCUCUGAAGAAGUCGGAGGACCCGUGGCUCUGCGUCCGCCGUUUAACUUCCGCUACCAGAGGCGCGACCGCAAAAAACGACAAGCCUUGAAGGAGAUGUCACCUUCUCACCACCCAGUAUUCUUGACGGAUUUCCCCAGUGGACCCUCUCCUUUCCGAUCCUGUCCUGGUCCUGCUCGAUAUGCCACAGCGUGAGGAGUGUGGCUCGGAUCAGAAACCCCUUUGCUCGUGUAUGAUUUACCCAGUGAGAACUUGGACCAAUAAACUUCUCCAUUCCCUGUCA